UAGCAAGAUAGUUAGGGUGCUUUAAACUUGUUAAGAUCCCCAGAGAGGUGAUCCCCAGUCCUGCGUGGUGUUUCACGAACUCGAAAUGCGGGACCUUCAACCUUUGGAUGACAAAGAAGGAGUCGAAAAAGGGGUCGAACACGCGAACAAGCGACGGGUCGCAGCUUGGUCGGAGCACUCUUGCGAGAUCUGGGUCAGCGCUCUUAGCGAGCUCUUCGUGCAAACCACCGAACCGGGUCAAAGAGGUUCCAGGCGUCCAGAAGAGGCGUCCCAGUGCACCAGGCGCUUCCCGUCUCGACCCAUAUCCAGCGAAGCACGUGGGGGCGAAUCGCCCACGUCCAGCGCCGCCCUCCUCGUCCAGGUGGUGGAUUGGAUGCAUCGAUUUGUGCCGAUGCUUCGAUAUGGAAGCCCUGCGCUUGAGUUUCACUUCCAUCGACUGCAGAUCCAAGCGAAGGAGACGGAUGCCAAGGCGUGCUGCUCUCAACGCCCAGCUUCAACGGUCCAGAGAGGUUCCUCUCCAAUCCCCACAGCUUCGUUCGGCGCGACCGUGUUGUGCUUGGAUGAGCUGGGCCCAGGUCAUCCCCCAAACGUCCCGAACUCCACCGGCGCCGACCGAGCGCCCAGGUCCGAAGCGCGAGGAGAGGACGAGGAGGUGAAGGAGGAGGAGGAGGGAGCGCCUGCAGCGAACAAAGCGUCGGAGCAGGCGGAAGGAGCGGGAGCUGCUCCAGAUGCUGGUCCAGCAGAUGUCGUGAGCGAUGAUCUGGAGCGCAUGGAGCUCGAGUUCGCGGACGGCACCAAGCACUUGCUGAACAUGGAGCUCUACAUCUCGUCACACCAAGUCAUGCAGCGCAUCCUGGACGUGGACGCUGAGAAAACUUUAUCCAUUGUUUGAUUAAAGCAGAAACCUUGUAAAAAC